AAAAAAAAAAACUAUUCUUGAUAGGUACGUGUAUAUGUUUGUAGUUAAGAGGAUUUGUCAUUGUCCCCUCAUGACCCAAGGUCGCCGUAAUAUAGAAAGAGGGAUGUUUUCUACCCAAAAACCUGGUGGUUUCGUAUCAACGUGCGAUUUUUGGCAGUAAUUGUUACUACCACCAUCACCCAGGUGGACUAUCAAGCAAUGGGGGUGAUAUGGCCAUAUUUCAUCAUCUUGAUGCUGCUUCUAAAAAUUCACUGGUGUUGGUCGCUUAAUAUUGAAGGAUUGGCUUUGUUACAAUUCCGGGCGAGAGUAGACAGUGAUCCUUUUGGGGCCUUUGCAAAUUGGAACCCUGGUGACAAUGACCCAUGCAUGUGGUCAGGUGUUCACUGUGAGGAUGGUAAAGUAAAAAUGCUAGAUCUCGAAGGGCUUUCUUUGGGAGGAACUCUGGCGCCUGAGCUUGGGACUCUUAGUCACUUAAGAUCUCUCAUCCUUUACAAGAACCACUUCUCAAGUGUAAUUCCUAAAGAGAUUGGAGGGCUUACAAUGUUGGAGCUAUUGGACUUGAGGGAUAAUAACUUAAGUGGAACAAUACCAACAGAAAUAGGCGAGAUGUUGUCACUAAAGCGUUUGCUUCUUUGUGGUAAUAACUUCCAAGGCAGCAUUCCUCCUGAAGUGGGGAAGCUCAAGUUUCUCUCUGAACUUCAAUCUGAUCAAAACCUCUCAUCUGGUGUGCCAGCUGGAAGUCCCUGGCUGAGUAGAAUAUUUGGACAUUGCAUUUGGCAGAGCAGUUUGAAACAACUGAAAAAGGCAAAUUCUUUCAUGAUCUCACUCAAAACGAGGCUUUCACUUUAUCUUCUAGCAAUCCCACGUUUCAAGUCUGGAGAAAGUACUUCACAUGAAUAUGUAGAGAAAUGUUGUGAAAAUCUACCAAGUUUGUCAGAACCAUUUUUUGGACAAAAUGCUCAAGAUAUUGUUAGUUUUGUACGUCGUAGAAUGCUUGAAGAAUCCAGUAACCUCCCAGCUGCUCCUGUAAGCGGUGUUGUCCCCCCUGAAGAGAUGGUUACAAUUCCAACUACUCGAAGCAGUGGGGCUUUCCCUGCAGUACCUAAUGGAAAGAAGAAACAAUCUCCUACAAUUGUAUCUUCUUCCUCUAUUAAUAAUCCCCAAUCUCCUCAUUCUGACUCUCAAUCUUCCCAAUCUCCUAAAAAUCCAUCUGGCCAUCCAACAGUAGCUAAUAGUUUCUUCGGAGCCAAAUGGAAAUAUGUUCUUUUGGUUCUAGGUGGAGUGUUCCUUGUUGCUGUUUUAGCAGCUGUACUUUGUGCAUGUCGAAGACGAGGAGUGACAACCAUUGGUCCUUGGAAGUCAGGACUUAGUGGUCAGUUACAGAAGGCAUUUAUUACAGGGGUGCCAAAAUUGAACCACUCUGAGCUAGAAACUGCCUGUGAGGAUUUCAGCAACAUAAUUGACACGUUUGCAGAUUGCACUGUGUUCAAGGGAACACUGUCAAGUGGAGUUGAGAUUGCAGUUGCAUCAACUAUGAUUUCUUCGUACAACGACUGGACAAAAUCAUGUGAGAUUGCGUUCAGGAAGAAGAUUGAUACACUGUCACGUGUGAACCACAAGAACUUUGUUAAUCUUCUUGGUUAUUGUGAGGAAGAUGUACCUUUCCUUAGGAUGAUGGUGUUUGAGUAUGCUCCCAAUGGAACAUUAUUUGAGCAUCUUCAUGUUAAAGAAGUUGAGCAUCUUGACUGGAAUGCUAGGAUGAGGAUAAUCAUGGGAACAGCUUAUUGCCUUCAGUACAUGCAUAAUGAGCUGAACCCACCAGUAACACAUACGAAUCUGCAGUCUUCUGCUAUCUUUUUAAUGGACGAUUAUGCUGCUAAGAUUGGGGAGCUCAGUUUCUGGUCAGAUUUAUAUAAAUCAAAGAGUUCGGGUGGAGAUGAAUCGGAACAUUCUGAACUUCCAUACCUUAUUGAGCCUGAAACAAAUGUGUAUAGUUUUGGAAUACUGUUGCUGGAAAUCAUUUCUGGGAAGCUUCCUUGUUCUGAAGAAGGUUCCCUUGUUAAUUGGGCUGCUGAAUACUUGAAUGACAAGAGGAGCAUCAGCUACAUGAUUGAUCCCACACUCAAGUCCUUCAAGAACAAUGAGCUCGAUGUUAUUUGCGAGGUGAUCCAGGAGUGCAUCCAUCAGGAUCCAAGGCAGAGACCAACAAUAAGAGAGAUCACAUCCAAACUGAGGGAAGUGAUUGGUAUCUCGCCUGAGGCAGCGACCCCAAGACUAUCUCCGCUCUGGUGGGCGGAGCUUGAGAUUCUUUCUGUAGAAGCUACUUAAGUUUAUCUGGCUUCUUCCUUUACAUUGUAAGUCAAGUUUCUCUCUCUCUCUCUCUAGCUCUUAUGUGCCAAAAAGAAGAGUUGUAUAAUCCAUAUUUUUAUUCGCUCACCCAUACCCUAUCUUAUGUAUUCAAAUUUGUUCCCUACCAUUUUUCUGUCUUUCUACCCUGUUGUGAUGAUUCAUUUAUAUUUUAUUUAUUCCUAUUUUUUCCUUACCACCACAAUAAAAGUGUGUCUGAGGUUUCACACGCUGAUAACUUGGCUCUUAACUCAUAUCCGAUGUGUACGUGACUCUUAGAUGAGAGAUUGGCUGUAAACAACCACAAAAAUGUGUUGAGACCUCAGUCUUUCUGCAGUCAUUACUUUUAACUUGUAAAAUUCUUAUAUAGGCUCUUGGGAAUUGUAAAUUCUAUCUGACCCUCUGAAAUUUUGCUUACAUUGAAAUUUUCCCUCUUGUCA